AUUGAAGCCAACACUAACUGCCGUCUUAGUUUAUUGACCUGGCUGGUCCUUUCCCGCGUCAACAAAAUUCCUUCCCUCUUCAACAACUCCUCUCUUCUCUAUAUCCCUAUUCCUUUCUUGCAGACAACACUCUCCCAAAUGACUCAUUCAACCCUCCCCUCUCUAUCUCUCUCUCUAAACCAAAACCCAUACUAACUCCCUUCUCUCUCUCUCUCUCUCUCUCUCCAUCGGAACACUUCCUCUGUUUCUCGAUCAAAACUAUUGCCAUGUCCAUUCGCGUCGCUGUCCUUCUUUCUUUACUCUCCCUUUCUCUCUCUCAAUCUCCACCCCUCAGAGGUACUUUUAUUAAUUGUGGGGCCACUGCUCCCUCCACAUUUUCCGGCCGCGAAUGGCUACCGGACUCGGGCUUCAUUUCCCAAGGCACAUCCAAGAAUCUUACAAUCCCCGUCCUGGCUCCUAUCCUCUCAACCGUCCGAUCAUUUCCUCUGACGAACAAUCUCCACCGUAAACUCUGCUACGUUGUUCCAGUUUUUCGAGGUGCGAAGUACAUGAUCAGAACGACCUAUUUUUACGGAGGGAUAAACGCCGGCAGCAUUUCGCCGCCGGUUUUUGAUCAGAUUGUGGAUGGAACUUUAUGGAGCGUGGUGAAUACUACGGAGGAUUAUGCAAACGGCAUGUCGUCUUAUUAUGAAGGUGUUUUUCUUGCACAAGGCAAGACUAUGAGUCUAUGUAUAGGCGUAAAUUCGUACACGGAUUCUGACCCGUUUAUUUCGGCUUUGGAGUUUGUGAUUUUGGGUGGCUCCUUGUAUAACUCCACCCAUUUUCAACAAAAUGGUCUUAGCUUGAUUGCUAGGCAUAGUUUUGGAUACAACGGAUCCAUCAUUAGAUAUCCUGAUGAUCAUUUUGAUCGAUUUUGGGAGCCAUUUGGGGAAAGUGAUGUUUCCAUUUCGAAAAAUAGAAACAUAUCAGUUUCUGGUAUUUGGAAUCUUCCUCCAUCCAAAGUAUUUGAAACGGAGUUAACAAGUGGUCAAUCUGGUCCCUUGGAGUUGAAGUGGCCAUUGGUGUCUCUUCAGGAUUCUAUGUACUAUAUUGCUCUAUACUUUGCAGAUGAUACAAAUUCAUCUGUUGGACCAGCAAGGUUGCUUAAUAUAAGCAUAAAUGGGAUAACUUAUUAUAAAAAUCUGAGUGUGACACAAGAAGGGUCUGCUGUUUUUGCUACGCAAUGGCCUCUUGGUGGUCUUACUACUAUCACUUUGACUCCUGUUGGCAGUACAAGUGUGCCUUUGAUCAAUGCUGGUGAGGUUUUUGAGCUGGUGGUGCUUGGAGGAAGAACUCUUACAAGAGAUGUUAUAGCUAUGGAACAAGUUAAAAGCAGCCUUCAGAAUGCUCCAAUAGACUGGAGUGGUGAUCCCUGUAUGCCUCGUCAAUAUUCGUGGACUGGAGUUACAUGCUCUGAAGGGCCUCGGAUUCGUGUGGUUACAUUGAAUCUGACAGGCAUGGGCCUCUCAGGAUCACUGUCCCCAAGCAUUGCCAGAAUGACUGCAUUGACCAACAUCUGGCUUGGAAACAACAAUUUGUCAGGUUCAUUACCUGAUCUCAGUUCAUUAAAGAUGCUGCAGACAUUACACUUGGAGAACAACCAAUUCACUGGAGAGAUCCCCUUAUCGCUUGGAAAUAUUAAGGAUCUGCAAGAACUAUUCUUGCAGAACAAUAAUCUGACUGGUCAAAUUCCCAAUAGCCUUAUUGGAAAACCUGGACUGGACAUUAGGACCACUCCUGGAAACCAGUUAGUAUCUCCACCACCUUCUUAACCUACACAACCAUGACAAAGGUGGCAAGUGUGCAUAUUGAAACCGAUUUCAACUGUUUGAUUAUACUUUACAUUGUAUAUAGCAAUCUUUAAAGAAGAUAUUUGCUAUGAGUUUUGCCGUUGAAAGCUUUCUUUGGUUUGCUGGAAGUUUUGUGGUAUCAGCUUUCUCUGGUUUGACCGAUACUAGCUCCUCAAUUCAAGAUGGGGCAUCCGCAAGUGUAUACAUAAAAUGGUUCUUUUAUAUCAAUUCAACCUGAUUCUUUUUUUCCAACACAGCGUAACUGAAUCAUACGCUAAAACCUGUAUGUAAACUAAUUUGUAGCCAAUUCUUUAUGUGCAAUUCUUCUUGUUUUUUUUCCUUGACGUAAUGUGAAAAUACCUGUUUUCCCAAGAUUUAGUAAAAUGACAAGUUUGAUCGUUUGCUGUGGUUUAA